AUUGGGCAUUGAAUCGUUGUCGACUAGAUUAACGCUACUCAUGCUUCGUGUAAAUACCCAAUUGUUUUUUCUACUGUCUGUAUCUGAGUCGUUUAAGACGGUUCUACGAUUGCGUUUUGUUAAUUUUCCAUUUCUUUUGUGAAGAUCCAUUGAUCAUUCCUUAAAGAUAUUUAGAGAACGAGGAAUUUCCUCUUUUUGUCGCUCUGUGUUUAACAUAUGUUACAAGUAUUAUUUCCAUAACAAACUACUUGACGACUACAGUUGGCAACAUCAGAAAAUGGUACAUAUUUAAAGAAUUGUGAUAGUAGACAGAUGUUUGAGCAACGAUCGUUAUGCUAAGUCCCAGUCUUUUAAUUUCGAGGAAGCCGCUUUGAAAAAUUGUAGAGGAAAAAGCACAAAAAACCCAAAAGUUUCCCCAGAUCUGGGGAGAUCUCCAAAAUUUCGGAGAAAACCCCAAAAUAAUGAGAUUGGAGUCCCAUUGUAGUUCAUGAUGACCUGCGAAAGAAAUUAAGGGGUAUGGGUUAUUAGGUCAGGUCUUUUCUUGGGCACUUCGCUACGAUCAAUUGCUGCGUUUCAUAGGACUGAUCUUCAUCGUUUCUAUCAUUGGUGGGUACACAACACUGGAUAGCAUUCAUCAUGAUCCUUUUCUUUGUUUUGAAGGAUUCUUUGAUGGUUCUGUAUCCGUGAGAUUCCCGCCCAAUAAGUGCAUUUUGCGCUUCUUUGGACAGCAUCAGAACGACUCUUUGAGUGUGUGGAGCACUUGCCUCUUCGUGACCGGAGUACAGCGGCAAUUCUCUUGAAUCCAAUCUUUUCUGCCUAGCUUGGGUACAAUCAAUUUCACUGGUUGGGAUGGUGUUGCCGACUCUAUGCUCAAUCUUCCUCCUUUAUUCGGGCUUGUGAUUGUCAGUAACUCUAGAAGAGCUAUAGGCGUUGCAAAAAUGUAAUAUUUCUAUAACCUCGUCUGUAUGCAGUCUCGGACAAUCCAAAUCCAACCACUAGUUCAGGUUACAUUACUUAGGAAAUGAUAUUUUUUAACGAACCCUUAUGAGUUAUCAUUCAAUAAUCUGAUGGCUCCAAUGACUCGAAAGAGUAGUUAAAUCUAUCUUACUAUUCCCGGGAAAGAACAUUCUAAUAUCCUGGACUGGUCUGCAGUCGCAUAUAAAAACCACAAUUAUGACGAACUCAAGUCAACUUCCUUGAAUUUUUUGUUUUGGUGGUUUUGAAAUUCUUUCACACACUGACCUUAUUACACAUCACACACUUAUGCCAAUUCAUUUACAAUUUUUUCAAUACCUCUCCUCAUUAUGAUCAUAAUUUUAUGGUAACAUUUCAAUACAAGUUAUUUAGUAUAUAUUUUACUCUUAGACGACCUCCCAUCUAUAAAUUUAGUCUGACCAUUGAAUAUACAAACUAUUGUGAUUUAGUGAAUUCGACUUAUCUAAGAUAGGUUGGAUAAACGAAGCAUACAACCUGGAUGCUAUUGUCCUUGUAAAUUGUGGUUCCGAAAAAAGUUUCUUAAGACUAAGCCUUAUUGUUCAUCCUUUCUCACUGACCUCGUUAGCUCUUCAUUCUUUCCUUUUAUAUCAUUCGUAACUAUUAGCUUCUACAAUUGGUUUUAGCUACUUAGUAAACAGUAGAUUUUGUCUUUAUACACCUUUAUGUAAGUACUACUCCUAAACCUUUGUUUAGCUCAUAGAUUACAUCAUUUUCCCCUACUUUGUUUACUUAUUGUUUCACCACAUUAAAAAAAAUCAACAUGCAUUUCUAACUGUAUCUUCCAUUUAACUACUUGUAACAACGGUCAUGUGGUGUGAAUUUAAAUCUGUCAUUAUCAUUCUUUGAUGAAGGUACUGAUCUUGGUUGUGUAUACACGUUUUCAAAAAUGAACGUUCUUAACUACCUUAUUGUCCAUUUUCCUAAAAUGCUCAUAACUUGGGACCAAGAAAUCCUUCUAAAUAUAUUGUCAAGAUGAACUCUACAAAGAUUGUAGUCAUUGUGACCUGACUUUCUUGGGAACUUUGGCUUAUGCGUCUGUUUGUGUAAGCUUUUCAUCAACUCUUCUUUUUUAUACUCCAGAGAAAAUAAACUGAACAGAAAAGUAUCACUUUGAAUCAAUUUUUUAUUAUGCCUAUACACUCGUAUCUGUGUUGAUUGUACAAUCAUGUGUACUAAGUAGUCAGUGAUUGUGCUUUUUCGAACUUGCUUUAGUUUAUACACCAAUGAUUCAUGAUACUGCUGCUAAUAAUUCUAAAGAAUCAGGAAUAACUACAGGAACCUCAAUUCCUUCUCAUGAAAACCGACCUGGUAACAAUUCUUUACCAUCAUAUCGCAGCGGAGAUUUCUCUAGAACAAUGAAACGAAAAGCAUCUCGAAUCAGUCAUCAUAAAGCUAAACGUGAAAUGAGAAACGCACCAUGGACGCCCGGUGAUGAUUAUUUAUUGAUAAAUUCCGUUGUCAUGGUAUGUAACCUUACAGAAGUGUGUCACACUGUAAGAUUCGCUGUUCAUUUUACGGAGAAAGAAAUUGAACGUCGUUGGCGUGAUUUAUUAUUCGACCCAAUCGUAUCUAGCACUGCGCUGAAAGCAAUCGAGCGCCUUCCUUCGUUUAUGAAAUCCCAAUUAGAUAGACAAAUACCAUUCAGUUCACAAGAGGAUAAUAUUAUAGCUCAAAUUUCUUUCUCCGAUGUCUAUCCAGACGGUGUGUUCAAAUCGCUUAAUAUACAUAGUCUGAAUCCCUCCAUAUUUACAGAAAUUUUACGCAAAUAUCCAACAGUAUUCUACCAUGGACGAGAUGAACUAGAUUUAUAUCGUCAGUGGUGUCGUUUCUACAGUUGCCAUUGCAUCGUUGUAAAAGAUGGUUUAAAGUUGAAGUCAAUACCUAACUUUAACACCUCAUUAUCGACUUCACCAGAUGUCAAAACAACAGGUGCGACGACAACAGCAAUAAAAAAUUGUGAUGGUAUAUCUUUGCUGAAAAAUGUUGGUUAUUCUAAUUCUAUAGCAUUAGGUGGUGAUCCACAAAGUUUUUCUGAUACAGAAUUAUUAUUAGAGGAGACAGUAACCAAUGCAGUCGUUGCAGGAAUCCCUAAAUUAACUGAACCAUCGACAGUGUCACGUAGACAACAUAUGCUAAAUCAAACAUCAUAUCAUGGUUUCCAAGGUCUUGUUACACAAACAGUCUUGGAAGUACUCCUUAAAGAAUAUUCUAGUCAAUUAAAUGAUUCACUUGUACAUCCUAGUCUACAGCACCACUCUUCUCCGACUUCUGCCGCUUCUUCUUCUUCUUCUUCAACAACAACGUCCAGUACACGUGGAGCAAUAGCAACAGGUCUAGAGUUGAAAUCGUCAAUCGACCAUGAUCAGAGUCACUCACUACUAAUACAAGAAACAAGUAAUAAAUCACAUUUAUUGUCCUUUAUAAGUUCAUCACCUGUACCACCAUUACUAAGUAAUCAAGAAUUUGAUUUUAAACGUCGAUUAGAAUUACAUCGACGUCGCGGACGUUUGUGGGCACAUUUACGUCGAAAUAAAGAAGAGGCUAGACGUUGGACACGUCUAGUUGAAAUGUUUGUAACUAAUGGUCUAAAAAUAAUGGAUCCACAACCAAUUUAUCCAGCAUUAGCAUCUCUUACGGGAUCGAGAACACAAUUUUUGAUAAAAGAAAAAAAGGUCAUAUUUGGUCGUAAUUCAUUCGUUUAUCAACCGCAUAUCGAUUUAUCAAUGGAAGGUAUUGACAGUGGACGUAUAUCACGUUGUCAUGGUCAAAUACGCUUAAGUAAAGAUGGUAUAUUUUGGUUAACUAAUUUUUCAUCUCAUACUGUGUAUGUUGAUGGUAACCCGAUACUGACAGACGAAGAAGUUGAGCUGAAGGAUUUCGCAACAAUUUUAGUUGAUCAUAUCACAUUGAGAUUUGAUGUGAAUCAUGAUUACGUGAAUUGGAUAUGUAGCAAUGAUAGUACCACUGCCACCACUACUAAUAGUAUAUUUAUUUAUAGUUGUGGUAAUGAUAAUAGUGAUACGAGCCAUUCCAUUAAAAAUAAUCAUUAUGACGGCGACAAAACUCUCAUAAUAACAUAGAGGGAAGUAUUUCAGAAGAAACUCAACUAUUCGUCAAUAGUCAGAGUGAACUAUCAGAAACCCCGAAAUUAACAGGAUUGUCAGGUUUUAAACACCCAGAAAAUUAGUGAUCGAUCACCUUCAAGUGAAUAAAAAUAAUCCUAGACUCAUAAUAUUGUUAUUUGGUAAAAUGUAUUUUAAUUUGUGUGAGUUGUUUUAUUUUCAUAAGAAAUAUUCUGCUCUGAUGUGUUACUGUUAGGCUGUCCAUCGGGAAGUAAUUUCUCUAUAUUAUGGUCGUUUGUGGGAGACGACAGUGUGUUUUACUAUAUAGUGAUUUGAUUGAUUCACAAUUUUGUCAGGUUCCUGUCUGAUAUAUAGGUUAGAUUAUACUAAUUAAAAUCAAUAAAUUCAUCCACUGAUUU